AUGCAAUCUCGUUCAUAAAGAAGAAGAAGAAUAUUGAAAUAAUGCAUUCAAAAAAAGAGUAAAAUAGAAGACAAUGCUCAUGUAACUUAGGAAAUAGAUUCUGAAUACGAGGAUGUUAGUGAAAUGGAGGAAGAUGAAUAAAUUCAAUAUGAAGAUGAAUUUGAUGAUGAAUAUGGUAAAUUAUCAAAAUAAUUUAGUUAGAGAGUGAAGAAGGAGAAAUCAAUAUAGAUAGUGAAGAUGAAGAAAUAUUAGAAAAGGAAGAGUAAUCUUAAGAAUAAUCAUAAUAAACUCAAUAAUAAUAAUAACCCAUAUAAUAAUAAUCAAAACUCAAGAGAAAGAAGAAGGGUAUGGAAUAAGAGAAUCAAGAGAAUCAAAAGAGAGUAUGGUUCUAUGAUGAAGCUGAAAAUUUAGAUUUUGAUAAUAGAGCUUAUAAUAUGUUACAUAGAGUCACAACUGAAUGGCCUUGUUUAUCUUGUGAUUUUGUAUUAACUGAAGAAGAAUAAUAAUAAUAUAAAAAUAAGGAAUACCAAAAAAUGAAUAAGUAUCCAUAUAGUGUAUAUUUGGCAGCUGGUACUCAAGCAGCAUAACCAACCAAAAAUUAAAUAUACUUAUUAAAAUUAUCAAAAAUGCAUAAAACUAAAUAUGAUGAUGAUGAAGCAUCUUAAUCAGAAGAAGAUAGUGAAGAUGAUAAUCUUAGUAAUGAUGAAGAAGGUUAAGUACAUUUGAGUAGUGUUACAGGAUUAAAAUGUGGAGUAAAUAGAAUUAAAACUAUGAAUGGUUAAGCAAUUGCUGCUUAUUGGAAUGAAAAUGGAGAUGUUAAUAUUUUAGAUCUUAAUCCAUUAUAUAAAAAACUUUAAUCUAAUUAAUAAUCUUAAUUUAAUUUAUCACAAUUACAUCAUAAAGUAUUCAAAAAUUAACAUGAAGGAUUUGCAUUAGAUUGGAGUCGUUUAAAAGUAGGUGAUUUAUUAAGUGGUUCAGUUGAUGGUAAAAUUUAUUUAUAUCAAUUAAAUAAUAAUGAUUGGAUUAGAGAAAAUAAAGCUUAUGAAUAUCAUAAAGGAAGUGUUGAAGAUAUAUAAUUCUCACCAAUUGAAAGUUUUGUAUUUGCUUCAUGUUCUACUGAUGGAUCUCUAUGUAUUGUUGAUACAAGAGAAGGAAAACAUAAAUAAGCUUAGAUCUUGGUUAAAGCUCAUAAUUGUGAUGUUAAUGUAAUCUCAUGGAAUCAAGUAUCAGCUACUCUUGUUGCUACAGGAGCUGAUGAUGGAUGCUUUAAAAUAUGGGAUUUAAAAUAUCCUAAAAAUGAUGCCAUUUCUGAAAUUCAAUUCCAUAAUAAAGCCAUUACAUCUAUAUAAUUUUAACCAAAUAGUGAUUCUAGUAUAGCUGUAUCAUCAGAAGAUCAUAAAUUGUCUAUUUGGNAAAAGAGAGUAUGGUUCUAUGAUGAAGCUGAAAAUUUAGAUUUUGAUAAUAGAGCUUAUAAUAUGUUACAUAGAGUCACAACUGAAUGGCCUUGUUUAUCUUGUGAUUUUGUAUUAACUGAAGAAGAAUAAUAAUAAUAUAAAAAUAAGGAAUACCAAAAAAUGAAUAAGUAUCCAUAUAGUGUUUAUUUGGCAGCUGGUACUCAAGCAGCAUAACCAACUAAAAAUUAAAUAUACUUAUUAAAAUUAUCAAAAAUGCAUAAAACUAAAUAUGAUGAUGAUGAAGCAUCUUAAUCAGAAGAAGAUAGUGAAGAUGAUAAUCUUAGUAAUGAUGAAGAAGGUUAAGUACAUUUGAGUAGUGUUACAGGAUUAAAAUGUGGAGUAAAUAGAAUUAAAACUAUGAAUGGUUAAGCAAUUGCUGCUUAUUGGAAUGAAAAUGGAGAUGUUAAUAUUUUAGAUCUUAAUCCAUUAUAUAAAAAACUUUAAUCUAAUUAAUAAUCUUAAUUUAAUUUAUCACAAUUACAUCAUAAAGUAUUCAAAAAUUAACAUGAAGGAUUUGCAUUAGAUUGGAGUCGUUUAAAAGUAGGUGAUUUAUUAAGUGGUUCAGUUGAUGGUAAAAUUUAUUUAUAUCAAUUAAAUAAUAAUGAUUGGAUUAGAGAAAAUAAAGCUUAUGAAUAUCAUAAAGGAAGUGUUGAAGAUAUAUAAUUCUCACCAAUUGAAAGUUUUGUAUUUGCUUCAUGUUCUACUGAUGGAUCUCUAUGUAUUGUUGAUACAAGAGAAGGAAAACAUAAAUAAGCUUAGAUCUUGGUUAAAGCUCAUAAUUGUGAUGUUAAUGUAAUCUCAUGGAAUCAAGUAUCAGCUACUCUUGUUGCUACAGGAGCUGAUGAUGGAUGCUUUAAAAUAUGGGAUUUAAAAUAUCCUAAAAAUGAUGCCAUUUCUGAAAUUCAAUUCCAUAAUAAAGCCAUUACAUCUAUAUAAUUUUAACCAAAUAGUGAUUCUAGUAUAGCUGUAUCAUCAGAAGAUCAUAAAUUGUCUAUUUGGGAUUUUGCUGUUGAAAAUGAAAAUAAUAAUGAAGAAGAUGUACCAGAUUAAUUAAUGUUUGUACAUUAAGGAUAAAAGGAUCUUAAAGAAUUGAAAUAUCAUCCUGUUUAUUAUGAAAUGAUAGUGAGUACUUCUGCAAAUGGAUUUAAUGUAUUUAAACCAACAUUAGAUGAAGAAGAAAAGAAAUCAGAGCAAUCUGAAGAAGAUUAAGAUUAAAUACCUGUUAUAAAAGAAGAGGAUCUAAAUAAAUAUUUUUAAUAAAUGUCAAUCCAAUGA